AUGGUGGGGAGUGCCAAGAAACACCAGGGAACGAGUGCUCCCAGCAUUGUGCCCACCCAAACCAAAGUGCUGGGAGGCCACCCAAGCUCCCACUUUCCUGCUGGGAACUUCUCUGUCCUCAAAACCAGCCUGGGCAAGCAGCUGUCCAUGUCCUGCUUUGAGGCACACCAGUAUCAGCCUUCAAAUCACUGGGACAGCCCUUGGAAAUCAGGCUGGACUUACACCCUGACUCCAUUUCCCACUCGUUUUACAGGAAUUCUUCCCCAGGCAAACUGCUUCGAAGUUGCCAGCUUCCGUGUAGCUGUCAGCAACCUGAGUGAGACUCGAAAUGUGACAGACCAAAGGCAGUUUGCCACAGAUUUUAUGAAACUUGUGAAAGCUGAGGACACCAAGUUUUGUAUUGACAUUCUGGAAAACAUUCAGGUUUUGUCAGAGGAUAUAUGGGGCGAAAAUCUGUCGAAAUUCCCUGUUACUCACACUUUUAUGAAGUGGAAUAAACUAUGGAACAAUCAGCAUCUGAACACCAAGGUCUCCAGUGCUGAAGUGCCUCAAUGCUUACUGAAAUACCAGCUUUGA